GUCCACAACGAUGACAUCUCCACACCCGAGACGAGGGGAGCGGCCUCCACGCAAGAAGGCAUGCCAAAGCUGCACCAAAUCCAAGGUCCGUUGCGAUCUCGAGAGACCGGCCUGCUCCCGUUGCCGGUCGCUCGGACGGCCCUGUGAAUAUCCAACCAGAACGGUUCCCACAUCUCAAGUCUCCAGACCUCCAACCGAGUUCUACACUGUACCCACAAAUCCCACCAGCCCAGAACCAGAGCCUCCCAUAUUCGGUGCAGCGCAACUCAAUCCAGAGAUGCCGAUCCCAUUGCCCAGCUUUAGCAGUCCGUCCUGGACGCCACGUCAGCCACGCAGGCAAGUGAUCAGUGCAUGUGAAGAAACCCAUGAGCUGGACUUCACUUUCAUUGAUCUAGUCCCGAGUGGAGAUGCGGCGGGGAUUCGAGAUCGAUGGCUGCGGCCAUACAUUCUGCCUCCGUUAGGUCAAGAUGAGGUUCCAAAGGUUUAUCAUCCAUUCACACUGCAGUACAUUUCCAGAAUCUUGACGACAUAUCCCCGAGGUAUGUUACGAGACGGCGAUGUACCGCCAAUCAUUCAUCGAUUGCAGGUUGUCGGACGCAGAAUGCCCCGUGCCUUGGCGAACUGUUACAGUCUAGUGCGGAUGUGGGAGCAGGCCGCGGCGGGAAGUGAAGCGUUGGUGGUAGAGACUGUGGAGAAGGAGAUGGACCGCCUAGCAAACGAGACACCGUCGACCUUAGGUGACUUUGACCUCCUUGCGACCUUCCAGGCGUACCUUAUUUACUCCAUCAUGCUAUACUUUUCUCCUCUGCCCGGCGGCCCGACGGUCACCGACAAGAUAAUGAUUACACUCAUGGAGAUUGCCUCCAGUACCGCUAGAAAUGGCAUUUUCUGCACCGCUGAGAUAUCACAUGAUAGGCCUAGCUGGGAGUCGUGGAUAGUGGCGGCCGCCAAGCGGCGAGCGAUCUUCACUAUGUACUUGUUCUGCAGCGUGUACAACGCCGAUAAUCUUCUGCCUAACUUUAUUGCGGAUGAGAUGACGGGUGUUUUUGCACCUGAAGGCAAGGCAUUGUGGGAGGCCAGCACCCGGGAAACGUGGGAGAAAGAGUACGAUCGUCAUCUACUCAACUGGGAAGAUGGGAUGUUGGAGAUAUCGGAACUGUGGAGAUCCGCGGAGACGGGAACACCGCGAAGGCCGGAAAGAAUCGAGCGGUGGCUUAAGACAGUGGAUGAGUUUGGCAUGAUGAUGUUUGGGGUGACUGCUCAUGUCCACGGGUGUUGAUAUAUGACUGAGAUUAUCUGCUAGGGAUUCUCUUACUAGAGCAGUUAAUAUUCUGGAUAGUAACUCGAAUAUAUUAUUC